AGAAGCCCUAAUUACUAGCAGGGGAGGGAGGAAGUAGAGCACCAUCGCAGCUCUCAUGCUGCCCCGCCCGCACUGAUUGCUGGAUUACACCACAUCCUCACACCCGAUGCAUGCGUCGUUGUUGCGUUUAUUGCUAGAGAGAGAGAGAUAACUGUUCCUGAAUGGAUUUCUGUUCUUGAUAAUGGUGUUCAGUUGUGGACGAGGAUGAUGCCGGAGUUGCUGCGGUUGUGGUGAAGGCGACAGUGCGUUGCGUUGCGGUGUGGGACUCAUGUGGGAGACCGGUGAAGCUCCUCCAUUCCCCAGGCUCCACGCUGCGUGAUGCCGUCUGCUCUGCUGUCUCCGCUGCCCCCAGCCCUGCGACGCUCCGGGAGCGUGCUUACCAUGUUGAAAUCCGUAUCGUUUCUUAAACCCUCCUUAAACCCUGAAGUGUUGGUUAAGUGCUCGAAUUACUGCGCUGCGCAUGGUCCUCUGCGGCAUAUCUCGUUGUUCCCCGUGAAGCCUGGUCGGGUUUCGAGAGCGGCGUUUCGACUCAUCCCUUGCGCGCAAGCUAGUGGGGCCGGGCGAAGCGUUUGGGACGAAGCCGCGGAGGAAUUCUUUCGUAACAAGGGGAAGAAGUCUGCGCCUGCUAAAGAGUCGAGGGAGGGGAGGGAAAGCGGGGUGAGCGAGACUCCUUAUGGCAGGGCAGCUCCUGCUAAGACUGCGGGUCGUGGUGACACGAAACCCGGGAGGCAUGAAUGGGAGGAUGGUGACAUACGGGUGAUGGAGACUGCAGGCAGCAAAAGCUCCAGUAAUGGUAGCCCUUCUCGAAAAGCAGAGUCGCAAUAUAGUAAGGCCGUAAAGUUCGCAGGCAGAGAAUGGGGCGAUACGAGCGGCGAUCGUCAUGGUGACGAAGAUUUCAGGGGUGGUGAAGGGUAUCGGGCUACUUCAGCACGGGGUAACUCUGCACCGGAGCGGAGGUCGAGCAAACCAUCAUUCGGCAGGGAGUCAGGAGCGCCCGAACGGAGGUCAAGUAAUAACUCGCGGAGCAGCUUUUCGGCGGGACGAGGUGGUUUUCUGAAAGGGUCGAGUAGUUAUAGGAAUGACAGAGGAGGUGGCUACGGCGGCGAGAGGCGCAUGGGUAGGGAGAGAAGUGGGGAUGAUUAUGAGGAGGGCGACGAAGAUACAAUGGAUUCGGAUGAUUGGCCCAAGAGGGAGGCUGUAAAUUGGAGAGUGGAGGGUGAGGCUGUGUACGGGGUCGCACCAAUUCGGGCAGCUUUUCUAGCCGAACGGCGAAUUUUCCACACUCUGUAUGUGCAAACAAAUCUCGUCGAUAAUAUUGCGACUGGCAAGCGGAAAGAUAAGCAGGCAGUGAAUUGGAUUCUCAACAGAGCUCACAACCUGGAGAUGAAGGUGGAGACCGUGUCCAAGCAACACCUCAACCUUUUGGUGGACAACAGACCACAUCAGGGUUUAGUUCUGGAUGCGUCUCCUCUGGAAUUGGUGCCUUGCGAGUACCUUGAAAGACCAUCUAUCCAGGAUGGACGAUCCCCUGUGUGGGUAGCUUUGGACGAAGUCAUUGACCCUCAGAAUUUUGGAGCAAUCCUGCGGUCUUGCCAUUACUUAGGUGCUACCGGGGUCGUUGUUUGCGCCAAAAACUCGGCACCCUUGAGUGGGGUGGUGAGCAAGGCGAGCGCAGGAGCCUUGGAGGUCAUGGAAAUUCAAUCCUGUCGCAACAUGAUGAAAUUUCUCGAUACGUCCGUGCAGAACGGGUGGAGAGCGGUUGGAGCCUCCUCGGAGCCUCGAGCACUUCCGAUUCAGGAGCUGGAGCCUGGUCUUCCAACCAUUCUAGUCUUAGGUAAUGAGGGCCGCGGAUUACGCACUAACGUGAAGCGCUCUUGCACGGAAUUGGUCUCUAUCAAAGGUUUUGGAGCAACGUUGGCUUCUGAUAGUCCAUCCUCAGAGCAGGAUGUUGAAUCUGAUCUGAACGUAACUCAACGUUUCAAUUCUGAAUUACAGGCGGCAGCUGAUGCAGUAGAUAGUCUGAAUGUUAGCGUUGCGGCUGGUAUUUUGCUGCAUGACUUACUCUCACGCUCAACCCAACAAAGUGAGUCGGCUGUUUCAGCACAGUAAAGCUAUUUUUACGAUCACUUCGAUUGAUCGCAUCCUGUUUGAGUCCAAUCCUUCGCACCCUGGAACAUAUGGAUUUGUCAAUAUGAAGUGGCAUUGCUUCACGGCAGUUGGUUGCAAGAU